CCGCACCGCCCAGUCGCCCUACGGCGGCCUCAAGAGUGAUAGGGCAGCAGCCGGCCAGCCGGCCAGCGGACAGCAGAGCGGGCGGACGGGUAGGCCCGGUCUGCUCUUUGCGAGGAGGAAGAAGGUGGCCACUCUCCCGGCCCCCAGAACCUCCCCAGCCUCCGUAGCACGCCCAGGCCGUCGAGGGCGUCGCUGAGGAGCCGCCGACGCUCUCCCCGGUGCCGCCGCCGCCGCCAUGGCUGCCAUGAUGGAUCGGAAGUGAGCCUUAGGGUAACGGCUGCCGGCGCCGGCUCUUCGAGUCCCGGCUCCCCGGCCGCCUCCGCCCGGGGAAGCGCUGCGCAGCGCAGCUGACUGCUGCCUCCCUUUCACGGCCCUAGCGACCCCAGGCCCUUAGCCCCGUCGCGCUCCCUGCAAGACUAAGCAGCCGGGACUGGCUCCCGGCCGCCGGCCCCGGCUGCGAGAAAGAUGGCGGACCUGGCCGAAUGCAACAUCAAAGUGAUGUGUCGCUUCAGACCUCUCAACGAGUCUGAGGUGAACCGCGGCGACAAGUACGUCGCCAAGUUUCAGGGAGAAGACACGGUCGUGAUCGCGUCCAAGCCUUAUGCAUUUGAUCGGGUGUUCCAGUCAAGCACAUCCCAAGAGCAAGUGUAUAAUGAUUGUGCAAAGAAGAUUGUUAAAGAUGUACUUGAAGGAUAUAAUGGAACAAUAUUUGCAUAUGGACAGACAUCCUCUGGGAAGACGCACACAAUGGAGGGUAAACUUCAUGAUCCAGAAGGCAUGGGAAUUAUUCCAAGAAUAGUGCAAGAUAUUUUUAAUUAUAUUUACUCCAUGGAUGAAAAUUUGGAAUUUCAUAUUAAGGUUUCAUAUUUUGAAAUAUAUUUGGAUAAGAUAAGGGACCUAUUAGAUGUUUCAAAGACCAACCUUUCAGUUCAUGAAGACAAAAACCGAGUUCCCUAUGUAAAGGGGUGCACGGAGCGUUUUGUAUGUAGUCCAGAUGAAGUUAUGGAUACCAUAGAUGAAGGAAAAUCCAACAGACAUGUAGCAGUUACAAAUAUGAAUGAACAUAGCUCUAGGAGUCACAGUAUAUUUCUUAUUAAUGUAAAACAAGAGAACACACAAACGGAACAAAAGCUCAGUGGAAAACUUUAUCUGGUUGAUUUAGCUGGUAGUGAAAAGGUUAGUAAAACUGGAGCUGAAGGUGCUGUGCUGGAUGAAGCUAAAAACAUCAACAAGUCACUUUCUGCUCUUGGAAAUGUCAUUUCUGCUUUGGCUGAGGGUAGUACAUAUGUUCCAUAUCGAGAUAGUAAAAUGACAAGAAUCCUUCAAGAUUCAUUAGGUGGCAACUGUAGAACCACUAUUGUAAUUUGCUGCUCUCCAUCAUCAUACAAUGAAUCUGAAACAAAAUCUACACUCUUAUUUGGCCAAAGGGCCAAAACAAUUAAGAACACAGUUUGUGUCAAUGUGGAAUUAACUGCAGAACAGUGGAAAAAGAAGUAUGAAAAAGAAAAAGAAAAAAAUAAGAUCCUGCGGAACACCAUUCAGUGGCUUGAAAAUGAACUCAACAGAUGGCGUAAUGGGGAGACGGUGCCUAUUGAUGAACAGUUUGACAAAGAGAAAGCCAAUUUGGAAGCUUUCACAGUAGAUAAAGAUAUUGCUAUUACCAAUGAUAAACCAGCAACCACAAUUGGAGUUAUGGGAAAUUUUACUGAUGCUGAAAGAAGAAAGUGUGAAGAAGAAAUUGCCAAAUUAUACAAACAACUUGAUGACAAGGAUGAAGAAAUUAACCAGCAGAGUCAACUGGUAGAGAAACUGAAGACGCAAAUGUUGGAUCAGGAAGAGCUUUUGGCAUCUACCAGAAGGGAUCAAGAUAAUAUGCAAGCUGAGCUGAAUCGCCUUCAAGCGGAAAAUGAUGCCUCUAAAGAAGAAGUGAAAGAAGUUUUACAGGCCCUAGAAGAACUUGCUGUCAAUUAUGAUCAGAAGUCUCAGGAAGUGGAAGACAAAACUAAGGAAUAUGAAUUGCUUAGUGAUGAACUGAAUCAGAAAUCGGCAACUUUAGCGAGUAUAGAUGCUGAGCUUCAGAAACUUAAGGAAAUGACCAACCACCAGAAAAAACGAGCAGCUGAGAUGAUGGCAUCUUUACUAAAAGACCUUGCAGAAAUAGGAAUUGCUGUGGGAAAUAAUGAUGUAAAGCAGCCCGAGGGAACUGGCAUGAUAGAUGAAGAGUUCACUGUUGCAAGACUCUACAUUAGCAAAAUGAAGUCAGAAGUAAAAACCAUGGUGAAACGUUGCAAGCAGUUAGAAAGCACACAAAUUGAGAGCAACAAAAAAAUGGAAGAAAAUGAAAAGGAGUUAGCAGCAUGUCAGCUUCGUAUCUCUCAACAUGAAGCCAAAAUUAAGUCAUUGACUGAAUACCUUCAAAAUGUGGAACAAAAGAAAAGACAGCUGGAGGAAUCUGUCGAUUCCCUCAAUGAAGAACUAGUCCAGCUUCGAGCACAAGAGAAAGUCCAUGAAAUGGAAAAGGAGCACUUAAAUAAGGUUCAGACUGCAAAUGAAGUUAAGCAAGCUGUUGAACAGCAGAUCCAAAGCCACAGAGAAACUCAUCAAAAACAGAUCAGUAGUUUGAGAGAUGAAGUAGAAGCAAAAGAAAAACUUAUUACUGAUCUUCAAGACCAAAACCAGAAAAUGAUGUUAGAGCAGGAACGUCUAAGAGUAGAACAUGAGAAGUUGAAAGCCACAGAUCAGGAAAAGAGCAGAAAACUACACGAACUUACGGUUAUGCAAGAUAGACGAGAACAAGCAAGACAAGACUUGAAGGGUUUGGAAGAGACAGUGGCAAAAGAACUUCAGACUUUACACAACCUACGCAAACUCUUUGUUCAGGACCUGGCUACCAGAGUUAAAAAGAGUGCCGAGAUUGAUUCUGAUGACACCGGAGGCAGCGCUGCUCAGAAGCAAAAAAUCUCCUUUCUUGAAAAUAAUCUUGAACAGCUCACUAAAGUGCACAAACAGUUGGUACGUGAUAAUGCAGAUCUCCGCUGCGAACUUCCUAAGUUGGAAAAGCGACUUCGAGCUACAGCUGAGAGAGUGAAAGCUUUGGAAUCAGCCCUGAAAGAAGCUAAAGAAAAUGCAUCUCGUGAUCGCAAACGUUAUCAGCAAGAAGUAGAUCGCAUAAAGGAAGCAGUCAGGUCAAAGAAUAUGGCCAGAAGAGGGCAUUCUGCACAGAUUGGUUAG